AUGCUUUCGAAUUUUCAAAAUUCCCUAGUCACGCUUUUAGUAUUCUGCCUUUUUUCAUUAUUCUGUACUGUCUAUUGGAUCGGACCAUCACAAGAAUUUCAAAAAAUCACUGAAACGAGAGGAGAAGAACCCAGAAUAAUAUUCAAGCCAAUUACAGAAGUGAAAAAUGGAAAUAAAUGGAUUGUAGUGACAAGUAUCAAUUAUCCAACUGAUGAUGUGAUGAGAUUAGCAGCAAUUCCAGAUUGGAAUCUUGUAGUUGUAGGAGAUACAAAAACACCAAAGGAUUGGGAAUUACCUAAUAAAAAAUUAAUAAUUUUUCGAAAAAUUUUACGACAGGGUCUGAAACAAUUUCAAUAUGAAGAGACAGUUUCUGGAGUACGGUAUCAAGCAAAAUCAUUCGAAGAAGCAAAUAACUCUACAGGAAUUAUAAAGCGUCUAUUCAAUCCUUAUCAAUUUUAUGGAGUCGAUCAAAUGUGGCCUAGAGGAUUUCCGUUGGAAAAUAUUGAGAAACAUUCAAAUGUACUAGGUCAACAAACGUUAUGUUAUCAAAUGCCAAGACCAGCUGUUCAACAGGGAUUAGUACACCAUGAUCCAGAUGUCGACGCAAUUUACAGACUCCUUCACGCCAAUCCAAAAACUGGGUUGGACAUCAAAUUCAACGAAUUCGCGCCUCCUAUCAUUUUAUCAGUUGGCACUUAUUCUCCAUGGAACUCUCAAAACACAUUAUUCCAUAAAUCUGCAUUUCACACUUUGUUUUUACCAACAACAGUAUCUUUCAGAACCACCGACAUUUGGCGAUCAUUUAUCUCUCAAAAAAUUUUACACUUAUCCGGUCUUACUGUAUCCUUUGUGCCAACCAACGCAGUACAAUUUAGAAAUGCUCAUGAUUAUUUGAAGGAUUUUAAAGAUGAGAAAUCGGUUUAUGAGGAUUCUGGAAGAUUUUUGGAAUUUCUACAUUCUUGGAAUUGUAAAAAUGGACCAGUUUUGGAGAAUUGUAUGAAUCAAUUGGCAGAAGAUUUAGUGGAAAAUAAUUUUUGGAGAAACGAAGAUGCGAAAUUGAUGAUGAUGUUUUUGAGCGAUUUGAAAUUGUUGGGAUUUGAGUUUCCUGAAAUUCUCAAAGGAGAAUAUGUAGAACCAUAUUUGGCAUCUGCAAAUGAGACGGAGAGAAAUGUGAAUUGCAGAAGGAUGAAUUUGGAAUUUGAAUUAGUAGAUCCACGAAAUUAUGAACAACAGAAUCUCCAAAAAGCCGGACAAAAGCUUCAAUACAUUGGAGAUCUCGUCGAUUGGUGCAAGGAAACUGGCUAUUCCGACCUCCUAAAAACGUUUCCAUCAGCUCAACAACUUUCAAGACAGCAUGAAAAAAGUGAUACUCUGCAGAAACAUUCAAAAAGUGUCCUAGUAGUGGUCAAUAACUAUCCCUGGAAUUACGGUCAUGGAAUAAUUCAAAGAUUAUAUCAACCAUAUUUUGCGGCUGUCGUUUUUUGUGGGUCCUGGUAUCCGGACCAAGUUAAGGACCACGAUAAUUACACCUCAACCAUCCAACCUUUCAAUUUUAUACACAUGAAUCCGACGGAAAUGCGAAAGGGAUAUUCGGCAUACCACUGUUUAACUUUGGCUAAAGAAAUGGGAUUAGCUAAUGUGCAGGGCUAUUUUUUGAUGGCAGAUGAUGCUAUUUUUAACAUUUGGCAAGAAAUCGAUUUCUCUACAGUACACCAUUCAACUGGUGUUGUUUUAGAUGAAUCGGACCUUUUUUGGGAUUUGGAUGUUGGCAUUUUCGCCAGCCGAAAUGUCGUCAAAACUUUUGAAACCUCCAAAAGUCCAGGAAUUCAAAACGCAUGGAAACAAUUUCAAAACGGAUUGGAAAUUAAUGGAAAUAAAAAAUUGGCAAAACAAGAAAUGACAUCAGGCAAAGGGAGGACCUAUUCAGAUUUUUUCUACAUACCAAAUUCCGAGUCGGAGUACUAUGCGACACUAAUGAGGGUAUUUUUCGAAAACGGGUUGUAUUUGGAAAUCGCGGUUGAUAAAUUUAUGAAGUCGGUGAAAACCCAAGAAUCUCCCAAAACCGUAUAUAUUUGGAAUGAUGAUCGUGAAAAAUGGGACGAAAAGUAUUCAAAAACGAUGAUUGGAUUUCAUCCAGUUAAAUUAAGUCAAUUCCAGCAACCAGGAAAAAAUCGGACGAGAUACUGCCGCUCAAUUUUACAAAUUUGGGCUGAUUCAUUCCUUAUCAGUGACACCAAAAAGAACACUUGGACCCUCCUGCUGAGUUCCAUGUUUCUUUUUCUAUGGUACUUUGAAUCCAUUCUUCAAAUUGUUAUGGCACUAAACAGAUACAUUGUGAUUUGUCUAAACAUGCAAAAAGUGUUCACAUUCUUCUCCACAAGCCUGCUUUUUGUUUUUCUGAUCCCCUUCUGUUUUCUGCUCAUGUCCUGUUCUCAGUAUUUGAGUCCGUGCUGUUCAUUCAUGUACGAUCAGGAAUACCUGUCGUACUCGUACUUAUCAAAUGGGACCAUCCCAAAUUAUUCGAACACUUUUGUUGAUUUACCAUUAAAUACAAGUAGUUCAGUGAUCUCGAUAAUAUGCUAUGUUUUGAUCUUCUGGAAAAUACACCACUACUCACCAGCUACUGUGUCAGUUGGAGGUGGAAGACAGAAAGUUCGGAGAAAUCGGGAUAUUAGAUGCGCUAUUCAAUUUAGUCUCCUUUUGGCUUUCUACACAUUUGCCUGGGUCCUUUUUCGAGUUCUCCCAAUUAUUUUAGCCACAAAAGAUGUCGAAUGGUUCAUUUCGGUACCAACACUGUACACACUGAAUUGCACAUCAAAUGCAAUUAUUUAUAUAUGUUUCAACGGAGAGAAUUCCCAAAGUUUUCAUUAUCUUUUUGUUUUAAACGUUAGUCUAUUCCUAAAAAACUACGAAAAAAUGCUCCUCAAAUUCUACCUCGGAUCCAUUUUUCUGUUUUUUGUAAUCCUCGUCAUUUCUCUAAAUUUUAUCAUAUUUCGACCGGUUUUUCGUUUGGCAUUCGUUUCCAAAAAAAGCACAGUUUAUAUUAUUGCGUUUUUCAAUAUUAUAUCGGAUCUGUUGCAACUUUUUUUACUAAUUUAUUUGACUAGUUCGAUGAUAGUUAAUGAUUAUUUAUUUAGCGGCGGCCAACAGAGUGUUUUGGAUGUGAUUAUUGAAUUUCAAAUCUUCGGAAUUCCAAAAUUAGAGAAUAUCGGAAUCUUAGAAUCUCGGUGUUUCAGAAUCUCAAACACUCGAAAUUCCAGAAUCAUGAAAUAUCAAAAUCUCAAAAUCUUGAAAAUCACAGUUUUUGAAAUUUCAGAUUCACCGUAA